AUUGCCACCUUCAUUUCAUUAUUCAUUCCAAGAGUAGAUGCUUCCAAUGACCUCCUAUAUAAACACCUAAUGUCCCUCUCACUGAACACACACACAUUCAUAUUUCAAAGCCUCUAGCAUUUGAUUCUUAGAAACAUUCCUACUUCUUAUCACAUAGUUAAUUUUCUGCAUUUUGUCCUUGUUCUUAUUUUUGUUUUUAUAUUUGGUUACUGAGCACGUGUUUCUCGUACAUUCUUUUUGUUGUUGUUGUUGUGAUCAUGGCUGGCAAUUCCGUCUACCAUCAAGUCCCUACGACUGAAGAGCAUUGUCAAAGUAUCUCGGUUUUGGUGGUGGAGGCCGAGGUGAAGAUCUUGCCGGAACUGAAAAUAGAGUGCCAUGAAGAGAAGAAAGGAAGCCAUUGUAGCAGUUCCUCUGAUGAAGAGUGUGUUCAUGAAAAGAAGACACAUGAAUUGAAGAAAAAGAUAGAAGAAGAGAAGGAUAAAAUAACAGAAAAAGUUCACGAGGGCAAAUACAAAGUAGAAGAAUUCAAGGAGACUAUCGACUGUUUGGUAGAAGAUGAAAAGGAGAAAACUGAGAAAAAAAUAGAAAAAAUCAAGGAAAAGUUACAUGACAAGGUAGACGAAGUCAAGUACAAAACAGGAGAAUUGAAGGAAAAGAUCGAGUGUGAAGUGGAAGAGGCCAAAGAGGAAGCCAACGAUAAAAUAUACGAGACCAAGUACAAAAGUGAACAACACAAGGAAAUACUUAAGGAAGAAGUUAAGGAGAUUAAGUACAAAAUAGAAGAACUCAAGGGGAAGGUCGAGUGUAAAGUAGAAGAGGAAAAAGAAAAAAUCAAGGAGAAAAUUGAAGAAGUCAAAGAAAAGAUCAAGGAGAAAGAGGAGGAGCAUGAGUACAAAAAAGAAAAACUCAAGGAAAAGAUUAAGUGUGAAGUAGAAGAUGUCAAAGAAAAUAUCAAGGAAAAAGAAUAUGAGGUCGAAUAUAAAAAAGCCGAGCUUAAGGAAAAACUCAAGAAAGAAGCACACGAGGCCAAGUACCAAUUUGAAGAACUCAAGGAGAAGAUUGAGUGUAAAGUAGAAGAGGAAAAGGAGAAAAUUGAGGAGAAACUACAAGAAUUUAAAGAAAAUAUUGAGUACAAAGUGGAGGAGGGCGAGUACAAAAAAGAGCAACUCAAGGAAAAGAUCAAGUGCGAAGUAGGAGAGGUCAAAGAAAAAAUCAAGGAAAAAGAAUAUGAGGCCGAGUAUAAAAUAGACGAGCUCAAAGAAAAGCUCAAGAAAGAAGCACAUGAGGCCAAGUACAAAAUUGAAGAAUUUAAAGAGAAGGUCGAGUGUAAACUAGAAGAGGAAAAGGAGAAAACUGAAGAGAAAAUAGAAGAAAUUAAAGAAAAAAUCGAGUACAAAGUCGAGGAGGGUGAGCACAAAAAAGAGCAACUCAAGGAAAAGAUAAGGUGCGAAGUAGAAGAGGCCAAAGAAAAAAUCAAGGCAAAAGAAUAUGAGUCCGAGCAUAAAAUAGACGAGCUCAAGAGAGAAGCACAUGAGGCCAAGUACAAAAUUGAAGAAUUUAAAGAGAAGGUCGAGUGUAAACUAGAAGAGGAAAAGGAGGAAAUUGAAGAGAAAAUAAAAGAAAUUGAAGAAAAAAUUGAGUACAAAGUCGAGGAGGGUGAGUACAAAAAAGAGCAAUUCAAGGAAAAGAUCAAGUGCGAAGUAGAAGAGGUGAAAGAAAAAAUCAAGGAAAAUGAAUAUGAGGCCGAGUAUAAAAUAGACGGGCUCAAGGAAAAGCUUAAGAAAGAAGCACAUGAGGCCAAGUACAAAUUGGAAGAAUUCAAAGAGAAGAUUGAGUGUAAAGUAGAAGAGGAAAAGGAGAAAAUAGAAGAACUCAAAGAAAACAUAGAAUGCAAAAUAGAAGAGGAUAAAGAAAACAUCAAAGAGAAGAUAGAAGAAUUCAAGGAAAAUAUCGAUUACAAAAAGGAAGAGCUUAAGGAAAAGCUUGAAGGGGAGAAAAUGAAAAUCGAAAAGAAAUUUAAAGAGCAUCACGCAAAGGAAGAAGAGGAAAAAGAAAAGAAAGCACUUGAGAAGAUCAAGAAGCACGAGGAAGAAACAUAUAUCCCUGUAAAGCAAUACGAGGAAGUUAUUGUUCUCCUCGCGGAACCAAGUUGUGACCCAAAAGAGGAAAAGGUUUUCGUUGAGGAAAUCAAAGAGGAUUGUAUCGUUGCUCCAUCACCAAACCUAGUAGUAUCACAUAACGUGCAUGUCACUGUUGAAGUUGAACAUAAGGAAAAGAAUGGUGUCUUUGAAAAAUUUAAGGAGAAGCUUCAUGGGCAUUAUCACGAGUGAAGGAAAAAAGGUGUGUUACUGAAAGGAAAAACAUUUUUUUGUUUGAUUGUUUGGUUUGUUGAUUGUGUUGUG